CGCAGUCAGGCUUCACAUCGUGGGUCAAAGAGCAGGUGAACGGAUUCCUAAAGAACAAUGAGGAGAACGAUAAAGAAGGUGUUGAUCGGGGUUGCAUGCAGCGCAGUUGUGCUGACAGUAGGUAUUCUAAUCGGCCACUAUGGAAUCCAGAGUGGCAGCUCGGAGCCGUCCUGGGUGAAGGAUGUGGUGAAGGAUGUGGACGAGAACUUCAUUGACACCUUCCUGUCUGAGGUGAACAACAAACAAAUUGAGAAGUACCUCAGGGAACUGACCGAAGUGCCUCACAUGGCCACAACGGCUGGAGACGAGAAAACUGUGCAGUAUAUGCUCAAGAAUUGGCAGGACCCCAACACUGGGCUGGAUCAGGCCUGGAGAGAGGAGUACAUGGUCCACCUGUCCUUCCCCAACCCAGAGAAACCCAACAUGGUCACUGUGGUGAAUUCAUCAAGCUCUGUGCUAUACACUGCCAGAGAAAAAGAGGCGCCGUUAACCCCAGCCCAAAAUGAUACUGAGGUUGUUCAACCAUACGCUGCAUACUCUCCUGCAGGACACGCAAAGGGGAAACUGGUCUACGCCAACCAGGGCAAACCAAAUGACUAUCAGUAUCUCAGUCUGAGGAUGGACCUCCAAGGAACCAUUGCCAUCACCAGAUAUGGUGGCACAGGAAGAGCUGAUAAAGCCAUUAAUGCAGCACUCUAUGGCAUCGUUGGUGUCCUUGUCUACACAGACCCAUUAGACAUCAACGAUGGUAUCAUAUCUGGCAAUGAAACCUACCCUUUCUCCUGGUACUUGCCACCUUCUGGUGUGGAGAGAGGCUCCUUUAAAACCAACUACGGAGAUGCACUCACACCAUAUUUGGCUGCCAAAGAGGAAACCUACAGAAUUCCACUCAAGAAUAUAACAGGGAUACCUCCCAUUCCAAUCCAACCAAUCGGAUUUGAGGAUGCCUCCAUAUUAAUCUGUGAACUAGAUGGAGAAAAGGCUCCAGAUGACUGGCAAGGAUCAUUCAACUGCAUCUACAAUGUUGGCGGUCCAGGGUUCAAACCUACGUCUAACUUUGGUGACAGUGAUGUGAAACUGGACGUUUAUAACUACAAAACGGUGACAAACUCCUCCAAUGUGAUGGGAGUAAUUAGAGGGAGCGUGGAGCCAGACAGGUAUGUGAUCUAUGGAAACCACAGGGACAGUUGGGUCCACGGUGCCACUGACCCAAGCAGCGGGACAUCAGUUAUGCUGGAAAUAACCAGGGUCCUGGGCAGGAUGGUCAAGCAAGGCAAAUGGAGGCCUCGCAGGUCCAUUAUCUUUGGAAGCUGGGGAGCAGAGGAGUUUGGCCUUAUUGGGUCUGCAGAAUACACCGAGCAAUACUAUGCCAAGCUCAGUGAGCGGACUGUUGCUUACAUCAAUGUGGACAUAUCUGUAUUUGCCAACGCCACACUGAGAGCUUCAGGAAUGCCAUCAGUACAGAACGUUAUCUUCACAGCAGCUAAACAGGUCCCAGCACCCGGACUGAACUCCAUGUCUGUGUAUGACAACUGGAUCAAACAUUCAAACAGAACCAGUCCGACUCACGGAACCAUACCUAAUGUGGGAUACCUGACAGGAGCAGGUAGUGAUUAUGCUGCCUUUGUCCAUUACCUGGGAAUCACUGCCAUGGACAUUGCAUACACGUAUGACAGGACUAAAACGAAAGCUCGGAUUUACCCUGCAUACCACACAGCGUUUGACACCUUUGACUACUGCUCUCAGUUUAUUGAUCCUGGAUUUUUAAGUCACCAGGCUGUUGCCAGGACAGCAGGAAACGUCCUGAUCCGAUUGGCUGACAGCCUGGUGUUGCCAUUAAAUUUCAGUGAUUAUGCGGAAAGUCUUGAAAGCUAUCUCAAGACGGCUUUGGACCUUUACCAGAAUCAGCUAAAUGCUCAAAACAUCUCCAUGGAACCCCUCAAACAUGCAGUGGCUCAUUUCCGCAGUGCAGCUGCUCAUCUGGAUGAAGUGAUUCACGGAUCUGAUCUGACAAAUGAAACACCUCUGAAGGUCCGAAGAAUCAAUGAUCAGCUCAUGCUUUUGGACCGGGCUUUCUUGGAUCCUCUGGCUUUCCCAGAUAAAUACGGAUUCAGACAUGUUAUCUGGGCCUCAAGCAGUGCUGGUAAAUCCACGUUCCCAGGCCUGGCUGAUGCCUUUUUUAAGGCAGAGUUAUCUGGACUGCCUGCUGACUGGGAAAAGGUGCACUACCACCUCUCAGUCCUGGUCCAGGCCAUCGAGGGUGCUGCUGAGACGCUCGUUGAUGUCAUUUAAAUGAAAAAGAAAGAUGUAAAACUCCACUAACUCAGGGACUUUUUUUUUUUUUUAGAAGGGAACGUACUGAGACAUGAGCAUGAAAACCUGCUUUGGCUUAAAGUUUUCUGUAAACUCCAACUGGGCAUUGAUGUGUUUUACUCAGUUAUUUUAUGGUUACUGCUAUUAGUUUCAUGGAAACUGGUUUGAAAAAUCUUUAUAUUUAAAAAAUUCAUAGGAAUUUCUAGAAAUAUGCUUUUGCUUUGUCAUUUUGGAGUCCUGCAUGUCAGCCAAUGA